AUGAGAAAGGAAGCUGUUGAGAAUGAAAAAGACUGCAUCAGCAGCCACAGAGCCAAAAGACAAACAGCAGCCAGUCUGUCCAUCAGAGAGCUGCUGCAGAUGGAGGCCAAUGUAGACCAGGUACUAUACCUUCACUUUCCCAGUCUGGUCUCACCUAGGAGUCCUGAAAUCAACACCAAGAAGGCAGCCGGCGUCAGAGACUUCAUGAAGCAGCAACUCCUCCUGCUGGUGGAUUGGGCAAAAUAUAUCCCAGAGUUCUGUAGCCUUCCAAUAAACACCCAGGUAUCCCUGCUACAAAUGCACUCUGCAGAACAUCUUAUUCCAGCCAGACGCUGUCUGUGUUACAGUAGUUUCAUCCUGGGUAAUCAUUUUGUCAUCAUACUGAAAGGAUCAGAGGCAGAGGUAUCCAGACUGGAUCUCCAAAUCCAAGAGGAGCUGGACAUCACAGAGUUUUCAUGCCUCAGAUCCAUCGUCUUCUUCGCCUCAGACUGUCCUAUUUUAUUGGAGUGUCCUCAGGUGGUGAAACAUCUGCCAUUUCAGACACAUCUGCUGCUAUAAAGAGCCACCUGUGAGCAGCGUAGAAGGUUACCUGUACUUAGUCGGCUGAUUCUGCCUUCCCUGCAGAGCGUGGCCUGGCAGAUGGUUGAGACUCUCCACUUAGCACAGCUGGUAGGUGAAGCCAGAAUAGACAGUCUGCUGCAAGAGAUGAUGCCUGAGGAGGGAACCAAGGAAGGACGAAAUACAAGUCAAAACUGGGAUGUUCACUUAUAG